CACCGUCUGCGCAUGUGCGCACGCCUCUAGGGCGGCCCUAGCUGCUGGUCCUGCAGCUCUAUGGUCUCGCCCUAGAGCUUCGCUAAUUUGGGGCAGUGGCCGCAAUCGUGUGGUUAGCAGGCCCCAAGUGACAGCAGCAUGGAGGAAUUCGACUCCGAAGACUUCUCCACGUCGGACGAGGAUGAGGACUACGUGCCUUCUGGUGCAGAGUACAGUGAAGAUGAUGUCAAUGAGUUAGUGAAGGAAGACGAAGUGGACGGUGAAGACCAGGCUGAGAAAACCACAGGGAAGAGAAGGCAGGCCCAGAGCGUUCCAGCCAGAAAGAAAAAACAAAGUGGCCUCUUAUUAGAAGACGAAGAGGAAGAUGGCAAAGAACAAUCUGGAAGCAGCAGUGGUGAAGACGAUGAAGAGGAGCGAGGAGGAGGCCUUGGCUCAGAGAGUGCAAGGAAGAGGAAGGAAGAUGAGCUGUGGGCCAGCUUCCUUAACGAUGUGGGACCAAAGGCGAAAGCAGCCCCAGGCUCACAAGUGAAGACAUCAGAGGAGACUGCAGAGACUAAUUCAAAUAAACCAUUGGUCAAAGCAGAUGAGCUAGAUAAACCUAAAGAAUCAGAAAAAGUGAAAAUUACCAAGGUGUUUGACUUUGCUGGUGAAGAAGUGAGGGUAACUAAGGAAGUAGAUGCUUCAUCUAAGGAAGCGAAGUCUUUCCUCAAGCAAAACGAGAAGGAAAAACCACAGGCUCUUGUCACUUCAGGGGCUUCGCCACUCCCUGCUGGGUCAGGGAUAAAAAGAGCAAGUGGCAUGAGCAGCCUUUUGGGAAAAAUUGGAGCCAAAAAACAGAAAAUGAGCACCCUUGAGAAGUCCAAAUUGGACUGGGAGAGCUUCAAGGAGGAAGAAGGGAUUGGGGAAGAACUGGCUCUUCACAACCGAGGGAAAGAAGGGUACAUUGAACGGAAAGCUUUUCUGGAACGAGUGGACCACAGGCAGUUUGAAAUUGAACGCGAUCUCAGGCUGAGCAAAAUGAAGCCUUGACAUUCUGGGGAAACUUAGUAGCAGCUUAAUCCUGUUGACAAUGUGAGCUCUCUCGUGUCUGUGGCGUGUCUCCGUGUUCUCCAUCGGGUCUCCAGCAAGGCCCUUUUUCUACACUGCAGCUUGGUUUAUGUGUCUUAAAUCUCACCUGGUUUCAUUCGUUUUACUUUUUAAAACUUGUCUUUAAAUAAACUAAUAGAAGCCCUUUU